AUGUCUUCUGCCCAGUCUCAGUACAACAUCGACGUUCUCGUCGUCGGCGCAGGACCAGUCGGCCUCGUAGCUGCACUCGUACUCGCGCAGAACGGCGUAUCAGUCCGCAUCAUCGACAAGUCCCCUAACUUCGACCACAUCGGCCAGCGCGGCGCCGGUCUGCAGCCGCGCUCGCUCGAAGCUUACAAGUUCCUCGGCGUGUUGGAUGACUUCAUCAAGAAGGGCACCUUCGAGAUCUCGAAUAUGCGUUCUUAUGACGCGGAGGGGAAGCCUACGGCCCAAGUCCCGUUCAGAUCGAAGAUGGAGCCUACGCCCGAGAUCCCUCUCCCCAACGGGAUGACGCUCGGCCAAGACAGCAACUGCGCCAUCCUCCGCUCUCAUCUCUCCAAGUUCGGCGUACAAGUCGAGCUCUCUACCGAGAUGGUCUCCUUCGAGCAGGACGACGACAGCAUCAUCGUUACUCUCAAGGUGAACGGUGCCGAGGAACAGACCGAGACUGUGCGUGCCAAGUUCCUCGUCGGUGCAGACGGUGCCAAGGGUCCUACGCGUCGUACGGCCGGAAUCAACUUUGUCGGCGCGACAGACAUGGAUAUCCGAGCGGUCAUCGGCGACAUCGAACUUUUGAACUUUGACACCGAAGAGGAAGUUCGAGAUAUGAUCAUGCACAACUUCUCCGACGCAAACAAGAACCGCACCCUCAUCCGCCGAAUCCCCGAAGACCCCUCCGCCUACUUCAUCUUCUUCGUCGCCACUACCUUCCCCCCUCAACGCCUCAUGGAAUCCAAAGACUUUCUCCAAGAACAACUCCGCCUCAUCUCGCACCGCCCCGAGCUCGUAGUGCACAAAGUGCGCAAUGUCGCCGAAUGGAAGCUGAACGAGCGCGUGGCGGAUCAUCUGCAAGUCGGACGAGUGUUUAUUGCAGGUGAUGCGGGGCAUUGCCAUAGUCCUGUUGGUGGACAGGGGUUGAAUAGCGGUGUGCUCGACGCUAUGAACCUCGCCUGGAAACUCGCUUUCACCCUCAAACACUCCUCCCCUCUCACCCUCCUCUCAACCUACGAAGAAGAGCGCCUCCCCGUCCUCCGCGAGAUGCUCCGCAUGACGAACUCCAUGGCCUCCAAAGCGUUCAAAUCGACCGACAUGUCCAAAGCCGCCUGGCAGCGCCCACCCGCGCUCCGGCAGCUCGGCGUCCACUGCCGCUGGAGCUCUGUCGUCUUCGACGAGCUUCUUGAGGGAGGAGCGGGUGAUGUGGAGGGUACGAGUGUUGAGCCUGAGGAUGUGUAUGGGAAGGAUAAGUCGGAGAGGCUGAGGGCAGGCGAUCGCGCGCCUGACGCGCCUGGCCUUGUGGAUGGCCAGGGAAAGAGCACAGAGCUGUUCGAUAUCUUGAAGCCGACGUAUCAUACGGUCGUCGUACUCGACAAGUCCAUCCUUCGGGCAGUUGCGGCCGUCGCAGCGGGGUACCCUAAGGGCAGCGUUCGUGUUAUAGCCGCGCUGCCAGAGGGUCACGGCGUCGCAGGCGUGGAUGUGUACACCGACUCUCAGGGCCACGCUCAGCGCGCGUACGGGGUAGAAGCUGGGGUCAAGGUCGCGGUUAUCAGACCGGACGGUGUAGUUGGUGGACUACUCAAGGGCUCCGGAGGCCUGCAGAAGUACUUUUCGAAGAUCUUCACAUGA